AUGAUCCCGACGUCAUCAUCUAAGGUCCUGUAGUUUCCUGGGCUUUUUGACACCUGGCUGUUCCUGGUUGCGGCGCUGUGCGGGGACAUGGACCGCUUCUCCUGGUGCUCCGGCCUGCUGGAGAUAGACGAGACCCUGGUGAUCCAGCAGCGCGGAGUGCGCCUGUCAGAUGGGGAGGACAAGAGUAAGUUUGACAGCGGCACGCUUCUCUUGACCACUCACAGGCUAAUUUGGAGAGACCAGAAAAAUCAUGAUUUCUGCGUUGCUGUUCCACUUUCUCAGAUUGUGUUCUCAGAAGAACAAGCGGGAGGGAUUGGAAAAAGUGCCAAAAUUGUAGUGCAUCUCCACCCUCCAUCUCCAAACAAAGAACCUGGACCAUACCAAACCAGCCGCUACUCCUAUGUCAAGUUAUCCUUCAGAGAGCACGGUCAGAUUGAGUUCAAUCGCCGACUAUCAGAGGAGCUGACGCAGAAGAGGUGGCAGAGGGCAUCACCCUCUAUUCAGAUGAGCAGAGGUCCUCAGACAGGGAGAAUAAAAGCUGUCGGGAUUGUGGGCAUUGAGCGGAAGCUGGAAGAGAAACGAAAAGAGACCGACAAGAACAUAUCCGAGGCCUUUGAAGACCUCAGCAAGCUGAUGGAAAAGGCCAAGGAAAUGGUGGAACUGUCCAGAUCGAUAGCGAACAAAAUCAAAGACAAACAAGGAGACAUCACAGAAGACGAGACAAUAAAGUUUAAAUCCUACCUGCUGAGCAUGGGCAUUGCCAAUCCAGUCACAAGAGAAACCCAUGGAUCUGGCACCCACUACCACAUGCAGCUGGCGAAACAGCUCGCCACAAUUUUACAGGCCCCAUUGGAGGAAAGAGGGGGCAUAAUGUCACUUACAGAAGUAUACUGCCUAGUAAAUCGAGCCAGGGGCAUGGAGUUGCUUUCUCCGGAGGAUCUGGUGAACGCCUGCAAAAUGUUUGAAUCCCUGAAGCUUCCGCUGCGGCUUCGUAUUUUUGAUAGUGGGGUCAUGGUAAUUGAACAUCAGUCUCAUAACGAAGAGGAAAUGGUUGCUGCUGCUUUAGAAACGGUAUCUGAAAGGGGCUCGCUGACGUCUGAGGAGUUCGCCAAGAUUGUCGGCAUGUCCGUUUUGUUGGCCAAAGAAAGAUUGCUUCUUGCGGAAAACAUGGGGCACCUCUGCCGGGAUGAUUCAGUCGAGGGGUUGCGCUUCUAUCCAAACCUGUUCUUGACUCAGACAUAGGCAUGUGCUAGAAUUACAUGUACAGCAGUGACCCACUCAGCAGGGAGCGGUUCCUGCACAGGAGCUGCGGAAUAAUGAUUCAAAGAGGACCGGACACAAUUAAAGUAUGAUGUAGGCCAUAAACAAAGUGGAAAAGUCCUCCCCAUCUAUCUGUACAGCAGUAUACACAUACCUCAUAUGAUAAAGCAUAACCAAUCUGUAAGAGAGAGUUAUUGAAAAUAGUGCACAGAAAAUGGAUUCAAUAUCCACAACAACCAUUUAAUUUCGAAGGGGCUUCUUUAUCGCUCCCUUGCACUAGUUUUGAUAAAUGUUGCAUAAAUCAAUAGUACAAGCAACCAUACGAAGCUUUGUAAUAUAUCUUAUCAAAGAAAAUUGCCUUGUUUUAGAGUUAUCAGCUGUUUCUUCCUCUCUCCCCUCUGCUUUCUAACAUAUCUUUGACUCUGAAAAUGAUGAAAUCCGUCUGGAGUCUGCUGCUCACUGAAAAAUCUGAUUACAUCAUCCUGUAGAAGUCUAUGGAGAGGGGACAGGGGGAUUGAGCAGUAACUAGGGAAUACAGGAGACCGGCACAACAAAAGAAGACUGCACAGCUAAAUAGAUAACUUAUAUCGCAGGCCAAGUGCUAUGUUCAGAUCCAUACAUUUCAGCACUUCUCUGCAAUGUCCCCCAUGAUCCUGAUGCUGCUCCUAAGAUUUUAGUCUACCAUCCAGUAGAUGGGAGCUAGUCUUCACUUACCAGGUCUGGGAAAAUUACAAACUAGAGACACAACAUGCAGAGGGGACAACUGCCAGAUACAAGUCAUAUAAUGGCCAGAAAUAAUGUUAUUCCUCAUGUACACACACACACACACACUAUUACUGAUUAAUGCAAAGUUUGUUGAACGUUUAGGUAUGCUUUAAAGUGAAUGUCCACCUUUUAAAAGUGUUUUCUGAGACUUCUUUACUGAUGGCCUAUACUCUGGAUAGGUCAUCAGUAUCACAUUAGUGGGGGUCUGACACCCAGGACCCCCGCUGAUCACCUGUUUGAGAAGGCAUCGGCACUCCCAGCUCACCAAGCACAGUGGCGUACAUUGUAUAGCGGCUGUGCUUGGUAUCAAACCUAGCCCCAUUCACUUCAAUCAGGCUGAGCUUUAAGGGGACCUGUCAGCACAAAAUCUGCUUCAAAACCACCAAGAACACCUUAACAGUCAUGGUUUCCUCAAUGGUUGUCUUUUAUAUGGUUCUUCUGUCUUCCUAAUGUAGCACAAAUCAUCUUUAUUCACUGCUGCCACUGUAUGCUAAUCUGCGGC